AAUUGAAAUCUUCAUUUUCUUUUUCUUAUUAAAAACAUUUUUUCUUUUUCUUUUUUUUUUUUGCUGUUCAAACUUCGUCUCGUCACCGUCCGAUGCUUUGACUCCGACCGAUCAGUCAAUUUGAGCUCAACAUCUAACGGUCCAUGGGUAUUUGUUUCAGCCGGAACAUCUCCGCCGUCAAGGACGACGAGAUCCCCGCCGGAAACGGCGAGGUUUCGAAUCAACCUUCUCAAUCGACGGAGAAUCACCGGCAUGGUGCGAUUCCUCCUCAGUCUCCGGCUGCUUCUGGUGCUACCGAAGUCAACAACUCUUACAACAUUAGCCCUUUUCAGAGUCCUUUGCCGGCGGGAGUAGCUCCAUCACCGGCGAGAACUCCGGGAAGGAAGUUCAAAUGGCCGUUUCCUCCGCCGUCGCCUGCUAAACCUAUUAUGGCGGCUUUGAGACGGCGACGUGGCGCUCCCCCGCAGCCUAGGGAUGAGCCGAUCCCGGAGGAUAGCGAAGACGUGGUGGAUCGCGGUGGUGACAGCGGCGGAGGCGGCGGAGAGAGGCUUGAUAAGAAUUUCGGGUUUGGGAAGAACUUUGAAGGGAAGUAUGAGUUAGGGAAGGAGGUAGGGCGAGGGCAUUUUGGUCAUACUUGUUGGGCUAAGGCCAAGAAAGGGAAGAUGAAGAACCAAACCGUUGCCGUCAAAAUCAUCUCUAAAGCUAAGAUGACAUCGGCUUUGUCUAUUGAAGAUGUUCGUCGAGAAGUGAAAUUGCUGAAAGCUUUAUCCGGGCAUAGGCAAAUGGUUAAGUUCUAUGAUGUAUAUGAAGAUGCUGAUAACGUCUUUGUUGUUAUGGAGUUAUGCGAAGGUGGAGAGCUAUUGGAUAGAAUUUUGGCGAGAGGUGGACGAUACCCUGAAGUCGAUGCCAAACGUAUUCUUGUGCAGAUUUUGUCUGCGACAGCAUUUUUUCAUCUUCAAGGUGUUGUGCACCGUGAUCUGAAGCCGGAGAAUUUUCUCUUCACCAGCAGAAACGAGGAUGCAAUACUCAAGGUCAUAGAUUUUGGCUUGUCUGAUUUCAUUAGAUACGAUCAGCGUCUCAAUGAUGUUGUUGGAAGUGCAUACUAUGUUGCACCCGAAGUACUCCAUAGGUCUUACAGUACUGAAGCGGAUAUGUGGAGCAUCGGUGUCAUAAGUUACAUACUACUCUGUGGAAGCAGACCAUUCUAUGGAAGAACUGAAUCUGCAAUAUUCCGAUGUGUGCUUAGAGCUAACCCUAAUUUUGAGGAUAUGCCAUGGCCUUCAAUAUCUCCUACUGCCAGAGACUUCGUGAAAAGGCUUCUUAACAAGGACCAUAGGAAACGAAUGACAGCUGCUCAAGCUCUUGCUCAUCCGUGGUUACGUGAUGAAAACCCUGGUUUACUUCUUGAUUUCUCGGUCUACAAGUUGGUAAGGUCCUAUAUCCGUGCCUCACCUUUCAGACGAGCAGCACUUAAGGCUCUCUCCAAAGCUAUACCCGAUGAAGAACUUGUAUUCCUUAAGGCACAGUUCAUGCUCCUGGACCCUAAAGACGGAGGCCUAAAUCUUAACUGUUUCGCCACGGCUUUAACAAGAUAUGCUACUGAUGCAAUGAUGGAAUCAAGGCUUCCUGACAUUUUAAACACGAUGCAACCGCUGGCGCAAAAGAAACUCGACUUUGACGAGUUCUGUGCGGCUGCAGUCAGUGUUUACCAACUGGAGGCUCUAGAAGAAUGGGAACAUGUUGCAACUUCAGCGUUUGAGCACUUUGAACAUGAAGGAAACCGAAUCAUCUCUGUCCAAGAACUUGCAGGGGAGAUGAGCCUGGGACCGACUGCGUAUCCUCUGCUCAAGGAUUGGAUCAGGAGUUCAGAUGGAAAGCUGAGCUUCUUGGGUUACGCUAAGUUCUUGCAUGGUGUGACCGUACGAAGCUCCAGCUCGAGACCUAGGUGACAUAUCAUAAUGUAAAGUCUUCUAACAUGUGAAUUCGAGUUUCAAGAAACAUCCAAAAUGACGUCGUCAAUCAGUGACCUUGGAGACUGAAGUGGAAGUGAAGUCAAGUAGGUAUUUAUUUCCUUUGUAAAUCAUUAUUUGAGCAUUUUGCUUUCAGAGGAACCAAAAACAAAAACAAAAAAAAGGAAAACAUAUUAUAUAUUAUUAUAGGAAUUGGUAUGGUGUUGGUCUGAUAUUUUUAUCCUCAGCUUUCA